CAUUUCCUCUGAAACUAGACUGCCGCAAGAAGAAUUCCAUGGAGUCGUUCGCCCUGUUGAUUCAGACUGUUUCCUUCCAUUAUUCAACAGGAAGCCCCAAGACAAUCAACACAUGCAGGAAAACUUUUCUCCUGGCUUUUUCUCAUCACUGAAUGAAGAGAACUGCAGGCUCUGAGAAGUGGUGAGUGGGAAACACCAUGACUACUGUGAAAAUCCUGGUGCUUUUGUGGAUUUAUCACUUCAUUUUUCUUCAAGGUUCUGAGCUUAUGGAAAAUGAAAGCAUUGCACUUCCAUCUCUGGCAGUUUCCACAGGUACAUCCACAUUGGUGACUCUCAAAACCCGAUCCCUGGAUGCAAAGACGGAUUUCCUUAGUCCCCCUUCCCCGACAGAAUCGGCAGCCUUAUCAGUGGCAGCAACUGGUGUCAUCAGCUUCAUAGUCAUUUUGGUGGUGAUCGUGCUCAUCCUGGUCUGUGUGGUCAGCUUAAGAUUCAAGUGCCAUCACUGCAAAGAUACAAAAGAUAAAAAGAAACCUCAGCAUCCAGUAGUAACCUAUAGCUGCUCUGAUGCAGAAACAACAGCUGGCAUGAAGAAUGUCUUGUUGGUCUCCAUGAAGGACUUAAAUACAAGUAACAACAAAGAUCCCAUGAAGUCACUGGUUACAUAUGAAGAAUAAGGAAACAUUUUAAAGCUUGCAUUAUUCAUCAUAGUGGGAAGAUGCGGUGCAUUUAAUUGUUUCUGCCUAGGAUAGAGACACAAGAAACUGCCUUAUAAAUGCAAACUCUGGUCAAUCUAAGUUUACUACUGAUUACUCUGACUGGUGGUGGCUCUCCAAGAAUUAUGGACAGAGGUGUUUACCAGCAUUUUUAUACCUGAACCUUUAAUAAGAGUCACUUGUAGUAUGCAAAGCAUAGACUAUUGUGGUAUCUUAUAGUUAUUUUGCUGGUAAGACUCUGAGUUAGAUGCAUAUCCUUGGCCCGUUGCUCCCUGGGAACAUUCCCCAAGGCAAUGCUGCUGAAUGAGAUAGGUGGUAAUUUAAUGAGGGAGUCUUCUGCCACUCCAUAAUGGGCACUUUUCUCUGACUCCAAAAAAUUCCUUGGUGACAGAGAGACACUGUAGUCUUCAAUGUAGUCUUUCUCAACCCAAUAACCUCCAGAUGUAUUGGAUUUCAACACUCAUGAUCUCAAACUUCUGGUUGACCUGAUGGGAGCUGCAAUCUAAAAGACAUUCAAACACAACACUGGAGGAAGUCAGUCUUUCCAUCAGUCCUGUUGAAAAAAAUGCCUCAAGCGAUACUUCCUUACCUUAGAUCAGGGGUCUUCAAACUAAGGCCUGGGGGCUGGAUGCGGCCCUCUCUCAGGGUCAACCUAAGUCUGAAACGACUUGAAAGCACACAACAACAAGGAUCUUCAAACUAAGGCCCGGGGUCCGGAUGCGGCCCUCGCUCAGGGUCAACCUAAGUCUGAAACAACUUGAAAGCACACAACAACAACAAUCUUAUCUCAUCAGCCAAAAGCAGGCCCACACAUCCCAUUGAAAUACUAAUAAGUUUAUAUCUGUUAAAAUUGUUCAUUUUAAUUAUUAUAUUGCUUUUAAAUGUUUUUUGCACUACAAAUAAGAUAUGUGCAGUGUGCAUAAGAAUUCAUUCAUGUUGUUUUUCAAAUUAUAAUCUGGCCCUCCAACAGUUUGAGAGACUGUGACCUGGCCCUCUGUUUAAAAUUUUUUGAGGACCCUUGCCUUAGAUAGCUGUUACCGGGUCCAUCGUUUGACAAAUAACUUGCCUCUAACAUCCCCUUCUCCAUUUAAUAGAAUACACAGAAAUCUGUCUUAAGAAUAUAAAGGUAUUGUAUUUUUAUACAUAAGCUCAUUUCCCUUUUCUAAUCUACAUAUUGUAAGCAUCACCCUUGCAGGACAUCAGGAGUGGAUGUGAAAUGGUUUAUGUUCUUCUCAGAAACUCUUAACAUGAAGAGUUGUAACAAGAUUAAAAUAUAGGUGCUA